UUCCUCAGUAUCCUGCUGUGGCCUUUGGAAGGAGGAGGUGUUCGUGUUCGUGUGUGGACGUGUGUGUGUCCGUGCAUCGGGUCUUGAGGAGGGACCAGGCCAUCCAGAGGGAGGGGAGAACGCGAAGGAGAUCAAGACGAGGAGACCUCUUCUCCCCUUUUCCCUUCCCCCCCCCCUUUUCCCCCCUUUUUCACGGGAGAAUGAGCUGGCCGGGCCCCCCUCGAACCGCGACAACGUCCUGUUGCUCCUCCUCCUCCUCCUCCUUCAGAAAAGGCCAAGGAACCAUGAAGGAGCCGACGCACUUCCCCCUCAGCGCCACCGUGUCCGCUCCGCCGGGCCUAUGUAGCACGAAGGUUGAGGGUCCAAGUGGGUCUCGAGGACGCAGGAUGGACAGGUUACGGCGCAGCUUCCGAGAGAGCUUCAGGAGGAAGAAGGACCACCAUCAUGUGACUGAAGCCUCCAAGCCUCACCAGUGGCAGACAGAUGAAGCUUCAGUCAGGGCUGGCACCUGUUCCUUCCCCGUCAAGUACCUCGGGUGUGUGGAGGUGUUUGAGUCCCGUGGAAUGCAGGUGUGCGAAGAAGCUUUGAAGGUACUCAGGAAUUCUCGCCGCAGACCCAUCAGGGGAAUGCUCUAUGUCUCAGGUGAUGGACUUCGAGUAGUGGACGACGAGACCAAGGGUCUGAUUGUAGACCAAACGAUAGAGAAAGUGUCAUUCUGCGCACCAGACAGAAACCAUGAAAAGGGCUUCUCCUACAUAUGCCGGGAUGGGACAACCAGACGGUGGAUGUGCCAUGGCUUUGUUGCAGUGAAGGAAACGGGAGAGAGAUUAAGCCAUGCAGUUGGGUGUGCCUUUGCUGCCUGCUUGGAGCGGAAGCAGAAGAGGGACAAGGAAUGCGGCGUAACUAUGUCGUUUGACCCCACUACCUCAACCUUCACACGAACUGGAUCCUUCAGGCAGAUGACAGUCACUGAGAGACUGUCUGACCCCCAGGAGUGCAAACCUAUUGAACCUGUGCCAGUCAAGAAGGUGGAGAAUCCUCAUGCUAUUGCAAGACCUCAUGCCACUCCACUCAUGCUCCAGCGCCAAGGUUCCUUCAGGGUGUUCCAGCACCUCAGUCAGUCAUCGCCAUUCAAGCGGCAGUUAUCACUGCGAUUGAACGACCUGCCAUCCAACUUGGAGCGGACUCGUUCCAUGUCUCUUGACAAUAGUGCGACCAACGCCAUGACGACCAACAAUAACAUCCAGCCUCCAGAGAGUCCUCAGCCUCCACCUCGCACUCACAGGAAUAGACUUCUCUCGCUACCAAAUGCCGUUAACAUGACACCCAUACCAGAGAUAUCACCGAUGGUAGAGACCAAACCUGGGGAUGCGGUAUCAGCCAUGUGCCAAGAAUUGUCGGCCGGCCUCUCCCUCCUCUCCAACUUCUCCGACCCGUUCUCCUCCCCCGAGAGCUCCUCUCCCUCUCACAACAGCUUCACUUCCUCCUCUGCUGCCACCACUACGACCACCACAUCUGCAGUGACAGCCUUCUCUAAUGUAACAACCACUGUGGCAACUAGUCAAUCGGUUGCACCAACUUCUCAAGUCUUGUUGCCAUCUGUGGAGCCUAUCCAUGAAGAGAAUCCAUGGGCUGGACCAGCUGUGAAUGGCCAGGCUUCAAAGGCAGAAGAACUUAGAAAUGCUGGAGAUGCAGCUGGAUGGUCCAGGGGAGAAGAGUGGCUCUCCCAAAUUAAUUCCAACUCGAAGAUCACAAAUGGCACCACUACACCACCACCUGGGACUCAACCAGCAAACAACACGUUUGCAGCUCGACGUAAUCCUCCCAUUGGGCAAGUGAGAUCUGUCUCCUUGGGUGGGGCACCCCAGUCUGGAGCCCCAUAUGCAGCUCCUGGCCAUGCAGGUGACCCCAUGAGCUCAUCGUGGAGUGCUACUAAUGGCACCAGAGGAUCAUCACCAGCAAACUACCUAGGAGGAGCCCCAGCACCAAGUGUGGGUGGCUCAACAGGAACUGACCCAUUCGAUGCUGAGUGGGCAGCACUGGCUACUCGUAAUGCAAACCCCAAUAACCCUUUCCUGCCAAAUAAUGUGACCAAGGCAUUUGAGGUACAAAUGUGAGCGCAAGGAAAAUAGUAACAUUUAAAGACAUUCAGUUAUUUAUAUUAUUAUUAUUAUUAUCAUUAUUAUUAUUAUUAUUAUUAUUAUUAUGGCUAUAUUAUUUUUAUUGUUACUGAAUUUGAAAAUGCAUUCUCCAGUUUGCCAUCCAUGUUAUGCAGUUGUUUGUUAAGCCAGUUAUAGAAAUAAAGAUUUGGUGUUUACUUCUCGAGUAUAUAAAGAGUAAACAUGGUGAAGAAAUGAGUUUGGCAAUAAGUGGAAAAUGUAUUGUACUUAUAGAUUACUACAACAAAGAUUCCCUAUUUUUUAUAUGUAUAUAUAUAUAUAUAU